AUGAAGAAGAAUCUGUUGUCAGUGGCACAACUGACGUCAUCAGACCACUACGUCCUAUUCGGUCCAAGAGAUGUGAAGGUGUAUCGAGACCUCAAGAUCUCAGGGAUGCCGACAAUGGAGGGACGACGAUUAGAGUCAGUCUACGUAAUGUCAGCAGAGUCUGCAUAUGUAGACAAGACAAGAAAGAAUGAGACAGCAGAUUUAUGGCACAUGAGACUGGGCCACGUUAGCUAUCACAAGCUAAGCGUGAUGAUGAAGAAGUCAAUGCUCAAGGGUUUGCCUAAGCUUGACGUGAGAAUAGAUAAGGUCUAUGCAGGAUGCCAAUAUGGUAAAGCGCAACAACUACCAUAUGAGGAGUCCAAGUUCAAAGCAAAAGAACCAUUAGAGUUAAUCCAUUCUGAUGUGUUUGGGCCAGUGAAGCAACCAUCGAUUAGCGGGAUGCGUCAUUGA